AUGUUACGUAGAUCGCUACAUUCUUCUGUAAUCAAAUUUCAACAAAAUGAAAUAUGGAAAGACUUUACAAAAAGAUCUGUCGCUCUAUCCUUACGUUCCUCAAAACUAAAACAGUCUUUAUUUGUUAAUAUAGAAGCAAAUAAUAAUCAAUCCAAAAAAGGUCCUUAUACUUUAAGAAGAAAGGCAUCUAGAGCUAGGUACAAAUCUCCAGAAGAAAUUGAUGCCACUUUCAAGAUAGCCUACUCAUUCCUACAAGAUAGAGCUGAUAAAAUAUAUUCUAAGAUUGACCAAACAAACGAUCCCACAUUAAAGAAUAAACUGUUAGUUAAAGCUGAGAUAAAUAACCCUGAAGUUCAAUACAAUUUCCAAUUUAGUGAUAAAAUCGACAAUAAUCCAAGAUUGAUAGAUUAUAACCUCCCUGUCUAUAGACAUCUGGGUUUGAAACAUUGGGAAUCUUAUGCUCAAAUGCUACUAAUGCAAAGAUUAGAAACUUUACACGCUAUCCCAGAUACUUUACCAACUUUGGUACCACGUGCUAAUGUUAUGAUCAAAUUCCCAUAUUCCACUGGUGUAAAUAAGUGGAUCGCUCCAGGUGAAUUUUUAUCAUCCAAUGUAACACAGUUUGAACCAAUAUUUAAAAUUCAAGAAUUUGAAAAGUUAGAUUUAGCAACACAAAAGUAUACAAUUUUAAUAGUUAAUCCUGAUGAACCAGACUUGAUCAAUGAUUCAUUCAAAACAACCUUAUGCUAUGGUUUACAAAACUUGACACUGGAUUAUAACGAUAAUGUUAUUGAUGCAAGAAAAUUUAACGUGAAAGAUAAUGUACUUAUCGAUUAUUUACCACCUGUACCAGAAAAGAAUGCAGGGCAACAAAGAUUUGUAGUAUGGGUGUUUAGACAACCAAACCCAACAUUAACUGAUACAUCUGUUAUACAAAGAGAUUCAUUUAAUAUAAGAAAAUUUGUUGAAUUAAAUCAAUUAGACCCAAUUGGUUCACAUAUUUGGAGAAGUGAAUGGGAUACUAAUGUAGCAAAUGUUAGAAAGAAGUAUGGGUUACCAAAGGGAAGAGUAUUCUCUAAAGUAAGAAAAUAA